UGUAUUUAGUCGUUUCUGUCGCGUCUAAAAUGAACAACUUGGGAGGCGCAAAUGUCUUUCUUCGUAACAUCAGCUACAUUGUUAACUCGCUAGCCACACGAGCUAGCAGGCUAGCAAUGAGCUAGAUAGCAUGAACUGCUCUUGUUGCAAUGAAAGUUUGUCUGACGUAGUGUUUAUCAAGAAAAGUUCACAUUGGCAAUACUUCCCACUUUGCACUUAGUGCUGCACGCGGAGACGCUAGUCUGUAUGGUAGCGACUGAACAAACAUUCGUUUGCACUGGAGAAUGGAAAAGGGUGGACGUCACGGUGAGUAAGUGGGUAGCACAUCCAAGGUAGGGUGUUCGAAUCCGGACCGUCCUGUGUAUGUUUUUUUUUUCUUUUUUCUUAUUUCUUUUUUCCACCUUAGGUUUCCGCCCACAUUCCAAAAACAUACACGUUAAGUUUAUUGAAGACUAAAUUGUCCAAAGUGUGAAUUGAAUUGAGCCAAACCACGUUUGUUGCUCCGUGUUUUGGUCCUGACCAAGUGGGUAUUUCUCUACAAAUGGAGAAUGGAGGCUGGGGCCAUAGGAUGACUACUCUUGUUACCUUAAACGUAGGAGGUCACCUGUACACCACCAGUUUGUCCACACUGCAGCGUUAUCCGGACUCCAUGCUGGGGGCCAUGUUCCGGGGAGAUUUCCCAACAGCCCGUGAUUCGCAUGGAAAUUACUUUAUUGACCGUGACGGCACACUUUUCAGAUACAUCCUGAACUUCCUGCGGACGUCAGAGCUAACCCUACCGGCUGACUUUACAGAGACAGACUUACUGAGGAAAGAGGCAGACUUCUACCAGAUUGAACCCUUGAUCCAUUGCCUAAGUGAUCCCAAGCCGCUGUACCCUCCCGACAUCUUCGAGCAGGUUGUGGAGCUUUCCAGCACCCGCAAACUAUCCAAAUAUUCCAACCCAGUUGCCGUUAUCAUCACACAGCUAACUAUAACGACAAAGGUCCAUGCCCUGCUGGAGGGUAUUUCCAACAACUUCACCAAGUGGAACAAACAUAUGAUGGAUACCAGAGACUGCCAGGUGUCCUUCACCUUUGGGCCAUGUGACUAUCAUCAGGAGGUGUCCCUGCGAGUUCAUCUCAUGGACUACAUCAUGAAACAAGGCUUCACCAUCCGUAACACGCGUGUGCACCACAUGAGCGAGCGGGCAAAUGAGAAUACUGUAGAGCAUCACUGGACAUUCUGUAGACCGGCACAAAUAGUUGAAGACUGAAUUGUUUUUGCUGAGUACACGUGCUGUGAUUUCAAGGUCAAAUGCGCAUAUCAUUGGAUAAAGGGAGUAUUUUUACUUGUUCAGUAAGAAUGUUAUCCUCGUCAAUCAAUCAAUACUUUAUUUAUCGAGCACCGUUCAUACGUGUUUUCCAGCCUUUAUUGAGGCCAGGCUUUUACGGUAGAAAGAUUUCACGGAGCGCCACUAAACAAAAAUGUCACAAACCGUAUAUACUGUAGUAAUGACGAAUGAAAACUUUACUCUGUAAAGUUGUCAGAGCUGAUAUAUUGCAGGAAUUAAAGAAAGACACAUGGAGAGCUUCAACAGCUCUCCCAUCUGGUGGAAGAGCAUUUAAUUGUUCUGCCUGUCACUGUACUUCACUUGCAUAGAUGAACAAAGUAUACAUUAUUUCCAGUAAACACAUUUAGAUUUUUGGACCAAUUAAGUGAAUUUAAUCAUUUUCCAUUGCAAUAAAAGCACGUUGUUUGUCCUCCUGCCCCACCCCAUAAUGACCAUCCCAUGUUUAAAACAAGUAAUAAUCUUGGGGGGAAAAAAGACGACUGAGAACAGAGUGGAGUGAGGAUUCAUAAAGCACAGUUUUAAAAAAAACAAGAGCCAUGACAUGUCUCAGUAGCGACACUCUGUAUGUGAUACAAAUGUUUGUAUGUUGUACAUUUUAAAAUUAGCAAUACAUCCUACGGCUGUUAUUCCGCAACAAAGUCAUGAGUGGGGACUGCUGCCUCUGUGUGUAUGGUAUUAUACAUUAAACUUGCCUUUGUCUUGCUGUACGACGCAUUUGAUGAAAGGCCUGUAAAAAGUACCACAUGGGAUGCUUGCUUUGGGGUUCAGCAACCUUCUUGUAUUUGAGGGCUCUUGGAAUCCUCCUCCUUAUGGCACUUUGUUGAAAAUUUUCAUUUUGUGUUACAAGUUGUUCUAUCCAGCAAAAUUUUAUAGAGGGAGGCCAUUUCUGGUGAGCCCAUUGUGGCGUUUGAAAGAGCGUCUCUUAGCGCUUUAUAAUCUUAACGGUACUUUCUUCUGUCCCGUGUAGUUGUUGCAUGUUUAAUGUAUGUGUAUUAGAUGUCUGUUUGCAGUUUUGUGUCAUGCUGUUACACUUGUCCUCAAUAAAUCACUGUUUGUAUUUGUCAGUGAUUUAAGGUAUGACAAUACUGAGUAAGUGCGUACAAAGAGGGUUUCCUUUGUGGAUGAAUAAAGUAUCUAAUUAUUCCUC